UAUUUUUAACAGCUUGAUCUUUAUUUUUCUGUUUGAAAACGGAUGGAAAAUUUCUGACAAAUGCACUGAUUGUGAGUCACUUUGGAUAUUGGCGUCUUCUGAAUGUAAAUGCAAAUGGUGUGACAUUUUAAAAGCAUCAUUGGAUUCAUUUUUUCAAAGAUCUUGAUCCUGCUAUAUUUUAUUUAUUUAAAUUAGUUAUUUACGGCUAUUAUUAAUAGGCUGUAACUGUAUUUACCAAAGCUUUCCGUGAGUCGGUAGUAAACAAAUCGUAAAAAAUGUUGUAUACUAGAGAGGAUUUGUGAAAUUAUAUAAGACUAGAAUUAGUGUACAAUAUUUGGAUAAACCCAAAUCCCUAACGAAUUAUGUAAGGUUUCAAUGUAUUCCUAGAUCCUAUUUCAUAAGAUUGGUCCGUUAUAAUAAACUACUUUCAAAGCCAAUAAAUAACAUUAAUUAAACGUAUUGCUCAAUAUUGUUUAUUACAGAAAUUACAGUUUCGUUACAAUGUGUUACGUAAGAUCUCGGCAGCCGGAUGCACUUCUCGCGAUACCUGCCGGACUGUGUGUGAGUGAGUGUCAACAUCGGCCCGCAGCGCAGCGUCCUGAGUCAGGGGAGGAAUCGGGAUUGCCGUGUGAGAUGGGGGAUGACAGGCCUUUCGCUUGCACUGCCCCUGGCUGUGGGCAGCGGUUCACCAAUGAAGACCAUCUAUCGGUCCACAAACACAAACAUGAAAUGACUCUGAAGUUCGGUCCUGCACGGACGGACUCGGUCAUCAUCGCAGACCAGACCCCAACCCCCACCCGAUUCCUGAAGAACUGCGAGGAGGUGGGGCUGUUCAACGAGCUGGCCCACUCCUUCGAGCAGGAGUUUCGUAAAGCACAGGACGAUGACCACAGAACCAAGAACACGAAUGUCCCACUGCAGACACCGUCGGAGGUCAAGGGUGAAGUCCAGGGUCCGCUGCAGGUGGACUCGUCCCCUCCAGGGAGCCCCGACUCGACCUCCAGCAUGUCAGACGACAGCCGGGAACCCCCGCAGGAGAUGGAGCCCCCAAAGCCUGCCCCCAUCUCUGCCCCCACCCCUACCAUCGUGCGCCCGGGUUCGCUGCCCCUCCACAUGGGGUUUGACUCACUGAACCCCACGCUCCCCUCCCCCACGUCGGUCAUCACGCAGACCCCGCCCUCCAACAGACAGCUGGGGUCCCCGACGGCCUCGUACCCGCUGGUCAUGCACCUCCCUAACGGCCAGACGCUGCCCCUGCUGCCCAGCCCGGUGCAGAUGACCUCCGUCAUAUCGCUGGCCCGGCCGCUGAACGCCGUGCCCAACAUUCCCGGGAUCCCCGGCCCCCCGGUGGGCGGGGCCAGCAGCGGUUCCUCCUCCCCGUCCGGGUACAGCAUGCACGCCGACGCCAAGAUGGUGUCUCCCGCCCAGCCCACGGGGGGGCGGCGGCGCCGGGCGUCGGACGUGGACCCCGAUGAGCGGCGGCAGCGCUUCCUGGAGCGCAACCGCGCGGCGGCCUCACGCUGCCGGCAGAAGAGGAAGGUGUGGGUGGGCUCCCUGGAGAAGAAGGCCGACGACCUCGCCAACAUGAAUGUCUCCCUCUCUAACGAGGUGACCCUGCUGAGGAACGAGGUGACCCAGCUGAAGCAGCUCCUCCUGGCCCACAAGGACUGCCCCGUCACGGCCAUGCAGAAGAAGAACGCCUUCCUAGGGUGACUGUUGUCUCGUUCAGCCGCAGGCGGGGAGGAGAGUUCCCGGGAGCCGUCGGCCGAGCCGCUGGGCUCCCCGGCGGCGGUCAUCCAGCACGGGCCCCCCCCCGGGGCCU